UUGGAAUUUCGUUGAAAGUGUUUGGAGCCUUAACCUCUAAGACACCUAACGUGAUUAUUAAAUUGGGGACAUCCAGAGAUCGGGUCCCAAAUAGUAAGUCGGACCCUAGUUUCUUCACCCCACAAUCUCCGUCGAACUGGCGAUGAUCGAUAACAUCGAUGAUAUCAUCAACUGGGACGAUGUAGAUCACAUCUUCCACAACGUUCUAGACAAUCCCGACGAUGAUCAAUUCACUCUUCAUGAUUCCUCCCCACAGUCAUUCCAGCAGAUCGAGCAGCUUCUUAUGAACGAUGACGAUUUCGGUCUUGUCUCUGAUCCUCAGUUUGCUGCCGAAUUUCUUUCCGACUUCCUCGUCGAUUCUCCUCUCCACUCCGAUCAUUCUCACUCUCCUGCUGAACAAGCCAUUGGAUUCUCCGAUCCCAAGGUUUCUAGUGCCGAUCAGGACAAACACAAGGUUUCCCAGUCGCCUUCUGACGGCGACGACGAACUAAACAACCAUGACCCCGUCGAUAAGAAGCGCAAGAGGCAAUUGAGGAACAGAGAUGCAGCUGUGAGGUCACGAGAGAGGAAGAAGUUGUACGUUAGGGAUCUUGAGUUGAAGAGUAGAUACUUUGAAUCAGAAUGCAAAAGGCUGGGGUUUGUUCUCCAGUGCUGUCUUGCUGAAAAUCAAGCUUUACGCUUUUCUUUGCAUAAUAGCAGUGCUAAUGGUGUUUCUAUGACCAAGCAGGAGUCUGCCGUGCUCUUUUUGGAAUCCCUGCUGUUGGGUUCCCUGCUUUGGUUCCUGGGCAUCACAUGCCUGCUCAUUCUACCCAGCCAAACCUGGUCAGUUCCAGAAGAAAAUCAGGGAAGCAGAAACCACGUGCUUCUGGUUCCAAUAAAGGAGGGAAAAAAGACUAGUCGGAUUUUGUUGUUCCUGUCCUUCAUGAUGAGCAAAAGAUGCAAAGCUUCAAGAUCGAGGAUGAAGCUCAACCCCCAUACCUUGGGAGUUGUGAUGUGACUCGUUGUGAUCAAAUCUUUUCCCAUAAGUGGAUCAUGGUUCCUUUUGAGUUCUUUAGUUUUUUGUCAGAGAUUCUCUUGUAUGUGUCUUGCUUUGACAUCUGAAGGAUGUAGUUCACUGUUAUUAGUUAAUGACUUAUGAGCUAUAUAAUAUCUAUGCAACUUUUUAAUAGUUCCAACCGA